AUGUUUGCCAAACUGUUGUUUCUUGUCGUGAUAACCACGGCCAAUGCUGCCGCAGUCCCAAAGGACUGUGAGUGCAACUCUGAGAGUGACAAAUUAGCUGUGUGGUCCUACCUGAAAGACCUUUCUCGACAGAUAGAUGAUGCAAGCGAUAAGACCGCGUAUUCUGUGUUGCCAGCCGUUUUAUCACCAUUGGUAGGCUGCGAUUGCCAAGAGAAGAUUCGUUCUAAACGCAAGAUCAUGCCGAAUGUUCCAGAUACUAAGUCUAAACAUUUAAGACAUGAAAAGAAGUACGCCGGGAAGAAGACUAUCCACUACAAUGACCGUCACUGUCCGAGCCAUUACGUAAGGGUAGGAUAUCGCUGCGUUAAAGAAGAAUUACUUGAUUAA